AUGUCUGACCUAGCUAACAAAAUGGAAAACAUGAACCUGGGCGAAGACUCCAAAGGAGCAAGCUCAUACGUUCCCCCACACAUGCGUGGUAAGAGAGGCGGAAACCGCGCGCCAUCCUCUUUCCAAAGUGGUGGCGACGGCGACGGCGCGUCGUAUUUCGGCGGAAGAGGCGGUAGCAGAGACAACCGUGGUUCCUCUUUCUUCAGCGGCGGCGGCAGAGGCGGCAGCCGUGGAUUCGGCGGCCGUAGCGAGGGCAGAGGCUCUAUACGCGGUGUCGGCAGAUGGGUGAACGGCAAGCACGUCCCCAGCGACAAAGACGAGCAGCUGGAACUGCAGCUUUUCGGCACUCCCGAAGACCCUGGUUUCCAGUCCUCCGGUAUCAACUUCGACCACUACGACGACAUCCCAGUGGAGGCCUCCGGUAACGAUGUCCCAGAGCCUAUCACUGAGUUCACCUCGCCCCCUCUGGACCAGCUCUUGCUAGACAACAUCAUCAAGGCCCGUUUCACUAAGCCUACUCCAGUGCAGAAGUACUCUGUUCCAAUCAUUGCUGCACGCAGAGAUUUGAUGGCUUGUGCUCAAACUGGUUCCGGUAAGACCGGUGGUUUCCUUUUCCCCGUUCUUUCCGAAUCUUUCGCGAACGGCCCUGCUCCUGUUCCAGAACAGGCUUCCAACUUUUACAUCAAGAAAGCUUUCCCAACCGCUGUCGUUCUAGCCCCUACUAGAGAACUGGCCACUCAGAUUUUCGAUGAGGCCAAGAAAUUCACCUACAGAUCUUGGGUUAGACCAUGUGUCGUUUACGGUGGUGCUGACAUCGGUAGUCAAAUCAAAGAGCUGAACCGCGGCUGUGAUUUGCUGGUGGCAACUCCAGGUCGUCUUUCUGACCUUUUGGAGCGUGGCAGAAUUUCCUUGUGCAACAUCAAGUACUUGGUUCUGGACGAGGCUGACAGAAUGUUGGAUAUGGGUUUCGAGCCUCAAAUUAGACAUAUCGUGGAGGGCUGUGACAUGCCUUCCGUCGACGAGAGACAGACUCUUAUGUUUUCAGCCACCUUCCCUAUGGACAUCCAGCACUUGGCUCGUGACUUCUUGAAGGACUACGUGUUUUUGUCUGUCGGUAGAGUCGGUUCUACCUCUGAGAACAUUACUCAGCACGUCUUGUACGUCGAAGACAUGGACAAAAAGUCUGCUUUGCUGGACCUUUUGGCCGCAUCUGACGAUGGUUUAACUCUGAUCUUCGUUGAAACAAAGAGAAUGGCUGAUGCUUUGACAGACUUCUUGAUCAUGCAAAACUUGAGAGCCACCGCUAUCCAUGGUGACCGUUCUCAGAGUGAACGUGAGCGCGCUUUGGCCGCCUUCAGAUCCGGUAAGGCUUCUUUGUUGGUCGCUACUGCGGUUGCCGCAAGAGGUUUGGAUAUUCCUAACGUUACUCACGUUAUCAACUACGACUUGCCAAACGACAUUGAUGACUACGUGCAUAGAAUUGGUAGAACUGGUCGUGCUGGUAACACUGGUGUUGCCACUGCGUUCCUCAACAGAGGUAACAAGAACGUUGUUAAGGAAAUGGUCGAUCUAUUGACCGAGGCCAAGCAAGAAGUUCCAGAGUUUUUGAAGCAGCUCGCCAGAGAGAGUUCCGGCUCUAGAGGUGGUGCCAGAGGCGGUGGUUUCAGUAGCCGUGGCAACAGCACCAGAGAUUACCGUCGCGUGGGCGGAGGUGCUCCUUCCUACGGUGGCAGCAGCAGAGGUGGCAGCUCCAUGGGCGGAGGAAGAGGUGGCUCUUCCUGGGGAAGUUCUUGGGGCAACUCUGGAAGCUCUUGGGGCAACACCGGGAGCACCGGAAACUCUUCCGCCAGCAACUCCUGGUGGUAA